AUGAAUGGAGUGAUGAGAUCCAGGAGGAAGGCAAAGCUUAGUCCUAGGUGUAGUGGUCUUUUUGAGAUUUUAAGGCAUAUUGAAGAGGUGGCUUAUGAGUUCUCCUUACGUCCAACACUUUCAGGUGUUCGCCCUGUGUUUUAUGUCUUUAUGUUGAGAUGGUAUGUUCCAAAUAAGUCAAAGGGGCUUCAGUGGGAUUCAGUGCAGUUGAAUGAUUUCUUAGGUUUUGAGGAGAAGCCUUUCGCUAUUUUAGACAAACAUGUUAGGAAGUUGAGGUCUAAGGAAAUUCUAUCAGUGAAGGUUAGCAUAGUUCGUUUGCAUUCAUGGGUUCCAAACGAAUCUCGAUUCCCAAUUAGGGCAUUUUCUCAACUUCAAGUUGAGAUGAUGCAUCUGAUUUUUGGUGCCAUAAGCAUUGUUCAGCGCAUCCAUGUGCUUGGAUUCAAGUUCACGAAGACCAGUGCAGUGGUGUGA